AUGUUACAAACUCAUAUUUGUAUUUUAAUCCUGGAAUCAAAGAAAAACCUCCGAAUCUAUUUUCCUUUCCUCUAUAAACCAAAGCCAUUAAAUCCUCUUUUUUCAUUCAAGCUACUAACAAAUCACAUCCAUGGCAACUACUUCUCCCAAACCUUGACUACCUCUGCUCUUCCAAACGACUAUGGGAGAUUCCAUCAUCAACCUCCACAACAACCCUCUGAGCGCAACUUCAUCAACAAUUUCAAUCACAUCAAUGGCACCACCGUUUCAAAACCCUCUGAUCCAUUUACAGUUUCCCCGAAUCCCCUUUGGAAAACCGCAAACAAAACUCUCGGAGGAGCUAUUUCGCUUUCAAUCUUCGACGAGGAAGAAGAUGAUGAACCUGUUUCUGAUUCCAAUUCCAAUGAUGGUGGCGGUAUUGUAAAAAAGGGAUCUGAUUCUAUUGGUUCUGUUGGUAUCACCUUAACUGCUCAAGAUGGAUCUAGGCUUUUCUUUGUUGAGCGACCUGCUGGUUUGGGAUCAUCUCUCCAGACAGGUAAACCUGCAGUGCGUUCAAUUCGGCCCAAUCUUUUUGCUCCUUCCAUGAGUAGAGCAGACCUUGAUCAAGGGGGGACUGCUGGUGAUUCUGAUAUUGAAAUGACUGACUUAUCUGAUUCUGAUGGAGAGGAAGGUGAAGAUGAAUAUGACCGGCUCUUCCCAUUUAAACCUCUAAAGAAGUCACAGAUUGCUAAGCUUAAGGGAGAGCAGAAAAGGGCAUGUCUUGAGGAAUAUGAUUACCGAGUGAAACUUUUGCAGAAGAAGCAAUGGAGAGAGGAGUUGAAAAGAAUGAGAGAAAGGAAUAUGAUUACUGUUCAAGUAACAAAAGACAAGAUUUCAACAUUCACUUGGAUUCAUUGGUUGCUGCUAAACAUGGAAUUGCACCUCAUACAAUAA